AGUUACUUGACCUGUACUUUGUUCCUUACAGAGAAAUCCAACGUAAGAGACAGGCCGGAAGGACAAGAAACGAAUAAGGCGUCCUCUAACCUUACGUUUGAUACUUACAGGCAAGUGACAACAGCAAGAUCUACUGGUCGAAAACGAAAGAAAAGGAGAAAUAAAAAGCAAGUUAUGGAAAGUCCAACUUCUGCGAGUAAAAUCAGGACAGGAUUGGCGAACAACAAAGUUAGCGAUUCCAAUGAAAGUGACGGGGAAAAAUCAACUCCCAGAGGAGGACACCUAGACAUGGUACCACGUGAUCGGAAACUGCCAUCCCUGGCGAGAACCGGUGAACUAAAACCAAUAGAUUUUCCUCUCCGAUCUCCGAAUGAUUCACUGAAACAAGAAAGCACGGAGGUAAAGAAAUUAAAAAAGAAGAAACAAAAGAAAAACAAAAAGCAGAAGGAAAAAAAUGAACAGCAAGAAAAUGGAGAUGAAUAGGUAUAUCUGCACGUCCCUAUCCUCAUAGCUAGCUACCAAAACAUAGCUGUUGUUUAUCACCCAUAUACCUGCUUAAUGUAUAUUUAUUAUAUCACAUAGCACGAGCAUAUAGCUAGAUAAAUAGAGUUUACGCAAUGAAUGGUUGUUGUAUAUGUUAUUUCUCUUACUCAAGUUAGUUAGUUUUUCAAACGUUACAAAGACGCAAGCUUUAGCGAAAAAUAAAUAGCAAGAGUGGAAGAAAUACCAUAUACAACAACCACGAGUUUGUGUGACCUGUUUCUACCACAAUAGAAAAGCUAUUCUGAGGACGAACUCGCCUGUUUUGUGUCAACUUGUGUUCUUUUCACAAUAUCAGGUGUGGUGUAAGGAUAUGACCUAGUUUUAAAUGCCGCUAAUUGAUAUGCAAAACUGACAAAUUCGAAAAUGUAUGGAAAUAUAACAAUUCAUUCCAAAUCAUAACAAAAUAAGGAGUAGGUUUUCUCUUUCAAAGCAAUAAAUUGAUAAUUAUAUUUCCAAGAAUAUAACGAAACAGCUGCGAACUACUUCUGGUGCGCUAUCAUUUCCAGGACAUCGUGAAGCGGCCUUUAAGUGUUAGCCAAUUAAAUUGCAUUGAACCACGUGAUUAAAACGUAGUACCGGUCAAAGGUCACCGUGUCAACCAAUAAAAAUGCAUUUCGAGUUUAUUCCACCUGUGAUAUAAACUGAAUAUUAUUCAACAGUUGUAAUAUUUUUCCGUGCCUUGGGAGUUGAAUAACACCCACCUAUUGUGGUAGAAAUAGCUAGUGCAUAACCUAUAUCACUUGUAAAUGUGAUUUCACUGUUUACCACACACCCUCAAUAUAAUUUAAUUCCGACCCACAAACUCCCUUGAUAUGAUUUCGAUCCUAUCCACACUCACUUUCAAUAUGAUUUCACCUCUACCCCCUCACACUCUCAAUAUAUGAUUUCACUCCUACCCACACUCACCCUCAAUAUGAUUUCACUGUUGACCACACACACACACACACACACACAGUAUCUAACAUACAUCACUUAAGUAUAAACUCUGUAGAUUAGGAUUUAAGGAUGCUUGGCAACAAGUUCGUCUUUUUGUAAUAUUAUGCAUGCAAAUAUAUAAACAUAUUGUUUUUAAAAUGUCCUGGCCUGGUGAGCUUACCUUUGUCGUCUUUGUGGUUAUGGUAAGUGUAUAAUGCUUCUUGUAUGUAACAUGCACAUAUGUAUAUUAUUUCAGGAAUGUUGCUUGUAUCUCAAAAGCCGUAUCAAUAUAGGCUACGACAGCAUACAUGGAAUAUAUUAAUCAUCAAUAUAGACUACGACAGCAUACAUGGAAUAUAUUAAUCAUCAAUAUAGGCUACGACAGCAUGCAUGGAAUAUAUUAAUCAUCAAUAUAGGCUACGAUAGCAUACAUGGAAUAUAUUAAUCAUCAAUAUAGGCUACGAUAGCAUACAUGGAAUAUAUAAAUCAUCAAUAUAGGCUACGAUAGCAUACAUGGAAUAUAUUAAUCAUCAAUAUAGGCUACGACAGCAUGCAUGGAAUAUAUUAAGACAAAUACUGUUAAAAUUCAAACCAUUCUAAAGAAUAGCAGAAUUCAAACAGUCAGAUAAAGCGACUGUAAAUUUAAAAAUCACUUUUAGGCGCAAUGUUUUAAUUAUAAUUUCCUUAGAUUACGAAAAUUGAAGGGUCCUCAACCGUGUGUUUUAAAGACAUAAGUCGGGGCAAAUCAAAUAGCAUUACAAUUCGGUAGGUUCUACAAGAAUGGAUAUGUUACAACUCGCAAAGAGAACUCAGCGCGGAUUUGAUCGCUCGUAUCUACACCAUUCAGAUUUCUUCGUGUAGCAUUUUUCAUCAACAUUAACCGUGGUAAACUGUGUUUUAAAAUCCGUCAACAUAUAUUUAAAGAACCUUCUUUGAGGUAUAAGCUCGUGUAUCGCUAAUUAUAAAA